CACCCACCCACCCAACCCAACGCCCCCACACAAAAGUCUCACAUUCAUUCUCCACCUCCCUUUAAAACCACCACCAUAUAUCUAUAUUUCUCUAACACACACAUCUCAACCCUCCACCCUCUAAACUCUUCUCUCAAUUAUCAAAUGGCUCUUAUUAACAAUAAUCAAGAUUCCAAUAACUCACACCUCCACCUUGUGCUAGGUUUAUCCUUAACCACUCCAAACGAAACCACCACCACAACCACCACCACCGCCACCACCGUGAAUCCCUACUCCUCCAACGAGCCAUCCUUAACGUUGGGACUCUCCGCUGAGAGUUAUAAUCCUCCCAAAAAUAAAACCUAUGGCGAGGAACUUUGUAGACAAAAUUCUUCACCUCACAGCGUUACUGUUUCGUCGUUCUCAAAUGGGAGAAUACUUCACGUGAAAAGGGAGAGAGACGAAGAAGAAGAUGCAGUAGAAGAAGAAGAGAGAGUUUCUUCGAGAGUUAUUAGCGACGAAGAUGAAGAUGGAACAAACACCAGAAAGAAACUUAGACUCACCAAAGAACAAUCUCUAUUACUUGAAGAAAGUUUCAAAUUACACAGCACUCUCAAUCCUAAACAAAAACAAGCUUUAGCGAAACAAUUGAGUCUAAGGCCACGACAAGUUGAAGUGUGGUUCCAGAAUCGGAGAGCCAGAACAAAGCUGAAGCAAACAGAGGUAGACUGUGAGUUUUUGAAGAAAUGUUGUGAAACAUUAACAGAUGAAAAUAGGAGGCUAAAGAAAGAGCUUCAAGAGCUGAAGGCAUUGAAACUAUCUGCACAACCUUUAUACAUGCCUAUGCCAGCAGCUACUCUCUCCAUCUGCCCGUCCUGCGACCGGCUCGGCGGCCGUGUCGCAGAAGGUGGUGGGUCAAAUAAGAAGAUUAUCACUGCUUUUACUAUGGCUCCUAAUUCUCAUUUUUACAAUCCUUUUAAUAAUCCUUCUGCUGCAUGUUGAACAGAACAGAAGAAAUUUAAGUAGUAUUGUAUUAUCCCCUCAACCAUUGUAUUUUUUUUGGUUGAGGAGGGAAAGUUAGGGAAAAGUACGUUGUAACUAGUUUUAAUACGGUAGAAAAAUCAUAGUAACUGCUAAUUAUAAUUGCUUUUUUAAUUUUGGAUUUUCUUCUCCUGUUGUAUGUUUAUAAAUCAUUAUAGAAUACCUGGUUCUAAGAAUCUAAUGAUAUUAUUGAAUAUUUUUUCUUUCA